AUCAAACAAGAGAAAAUCAUCAUGGAUUUCUCAAGCAACAACAAAUGCUUAAUGUUUGUUUUGUUUUUCUUUUUAUUUGUAUCAUCAUGUGUGAUGUGUAUUAAUGUUGAUACUCAAACAUGUACCAACCGUAAGAGCCGUUGUUUUCUCAAGAAACUACCUUGCCCUGCUCAAUGUCCUUCAAGAUCACCAGCUAACCCUAGGGAAAAAGUUUGUUAUCUUGAUUGUGAUUCUCCUAUGUGCAAAACUCAGUGCAAAAGCCGUAAAGCAAAUUGUAAUGGUCGCGGAUCUGCAUGUUUGGACCCCCGGUUUGUUGGUGCGGAUGGCAUUGUUUUCUACUUCCAUGGAAGGAGGAAUGAGCAUUUCAGCUUGGUAUCUGACACCAACCUUCAAAUCAAUGCUCGUUUUAUCGGCCUUAGGCCGCAAGGGAGACCAAGGGAUUAUACUUGGAUUCAAGCAUUGGGAGUCCUAUUUGAUUCACACAACUUUUCUAUUGAAGCCACACCAUCAUCAAUUUGGGAUGACGAAGUUGACCAUUUGAAGCUCUCUUAUGAUGGAAAGGAUCUUGUGAUCCCUGAAGGUCACCUCUCUACGUGGCAAUCCGAGGAAAAUCAACUUAGAGUCGAGAGAACAUCGAAUGAGAACGGUGUCAUGGUCACAAUCCCGGAAGUUGCAGAAAUAUCUGUCAAUGUGGUGCCUGUCACCAAGGAGGACAGUAGAAUCCAUAAUUAUCAGAUUCCUGAUGAUGAUUGUUUUGCUCAUUUGGAUGUGCAGUUCAAAUUCUAUGGUUUAUCGUCCAAAGUUGAAGGAGUUCUUGGUAGGACUUAUCAGCCAGAUUUUCAAAAUCCGGCAAAGCCAGGCGUGGCAAUGCCGGUAGUUGGAGGGGAAGACAAGUAUAGAACCAAAUCCCUUGUUUCUGCAGAUUGUCUUGCUUGUAUAUUCUCUUCAGCUAAAGAUUCAGUGCAGGAGGGCAUGGAGAUUGAAUAUGGUAUGAUGGAUUGUACUGGUGGUGCCAGCAGUGGCAAUGGUAUAGUUUGCAGAAGAUAAAUUUGGUAGCUUCCAUUGUUUUCCUAUAACUACGUUUGAAAGUUGUAACUCUGAGAAAAAAAUGUUUGUGGGUUGUACUCAGUGGCCAAAAUGUUUUGUUUUGUAACCAUAUUUCCUUUUGAGUAUGAAUUGUAUUGAUUUGUUAUUGUUAUUGUUUUGUAACCAUAUUUCCUUUUGAAUAAGUGUAUUAAUUUGGCAGUUUCCAUUGUUUUUCUAUGUUAAAAGUGUUAACUCUGAGAAGAAAGUGUUAUGGGAUAUAUUCAGUGGACAAAA